GACAAUUGUUAUGAAAUCUUGAACCUCUGUGGCGACGGGUAAAGCAAUGAAAACUGAGAAGACAAAGCGAAACUUAAACCAAUGUCCGGAGGAGCAAAAACAAAAGAUUCGUCUCUAGGUUUCUCACCUCAGUUUGGAAAGAGUAUCACAACUUUCCAGACUAUUCUGGAAAACGAUGGGCACCAGGGAACAACUACAUAAGCUCCUGUCAGAGUAUGUGGAGUACACACUCAUCUGCAUUUCGACAGUGAGGGACUUUUGUGAUAAACAACAAAAAUGGUCCCUUCAGAGAAAGACAGAGCUGGAUAACAUCAGAGACAUCAAGAACAGAGCAGACCAAGUCCAUCUUAAGUUUGACCAUGUUAAGCGCUCCGAGAACAAAGCCAAGGCGUUUUUUGAAUACAUGCAGAAUUGUUUAAUUCAGGUCACAGCUGACUCCAGAUAUCUGAAGCUGGAGAAGGAACUGGGUGCUGUCCUGAAGGACACACUUGAGGGGCUGGAGAAGCUUGAUCACUUUCUGGAUGCAGUGGAGAAACUCACAGUCACCUCACCGUUUGUUUUCACUGGACAGAUCUCCUUGCCAGAAGGUGAGAGUCCUGAAAGUGUGCGAUCAGUCAUCACAGCUGCCAGAAUGGCCUCUCCUCUCCUCAUCCACUUUAAACGAAAUGCAAAAACCUUCUUCCUUCCGUCACUCAAUAACCUGGAUAUCCUGGCUUUCCAACUAGACAAAUACAUACGCAUCACUGAACAGAUCUGUGAGAAGAUGGAGAAAUCUAGGAGUGUUUUUUGGUUUGUAGAUAUCCAUAGUAAUGAUGUCAGAUUGUUUGUUAAUAAUUAUGAAACUCUUCACAGACUUAAAAAGGGUGAGCCUGUAGUGAAGUUCAGCUUGAACUUAAGUGAGGACUCCAUGCAAAAAAUGCUUGAUCAUUUGAAGCAGUUGUGCGAAAUAAGGAUGGACCAGCACACCAGGCUGACCUUCAUUUUUCAGAAACAUGCUCAGCUCUUCAUUGAUGUUUUCAAUCAGCGUUGCUCAAGAAUGAAGCAGUUCCUGUCAGAUCUGGAGGAGAGUGCAGUCCAGCUGGACAGGAUGAAGAUGGGGGCAACUAUAUCCUCUGUGGUUGGCAGGUCAUUUGAGAUAACAGGGGGAGUCUUUUCAAUCGUUGGUCUUGCUCUUGCCCCCGUCACUGCAGGAGUGUCCCUGGCUCUGACAAUGACCGGUCUCAGUCUGGGGAUGACCAGCAGUGUCAAUAGUGUCGUCACAGGCAUCACUGAGACAGCAGUCAACAUUCAGCAAGUGAAAAAUGCACAGAACAUUUUCCAGAGAUUCAUGAAUGAUGUGGGGAAGAUUCUAGACUGUCUGGAGCAGGCCAGUAGUGAGCAGCGUUUAGAGGGGCUUGAUGUUGUAGAUAUGAUGAUUGGAGCAGGAAAGUUGACCUUUUGUGCAGGAGGAGUUGGCCAAAAAAUCUAUAAACUAGUAGAUGCAGACUCAGCUGUUAAAGUUCUCAAAAGGGAGGUGAUUCCAACUGCAGCCAAGGUCGGGCUCCAGGAGUCGCAAAGUGCUCGCAGCAUUCCCAAACUGGCAGCAGACCUGUCUGACAUUGAGCAGCUGGCGAAAGGGACGCCACUAGCACUCUCCAAGUCUGCUAGAGCUGGAUUCAUUGGUCUAAAUGCCCUCUUUAUUGGCUUUGAUGUCCUAUGUAUUUGCAAAGACAGUAUAAGUCUGGCCAAAGGGAGUAAGAGUGAAUCUUCUCAGCUCAUUCGCUCCAGAGCAGCUCUGUGGAAAUCUGAACUUGAGGCCUGGCAGAAGAUCUAUGAUUCCUUAUGCAUUGGAAAAUGGAAGUUUAGGAAGAGCCAGGAAGUGUUGGACCAACUCUUUCUGCCUUACUUUUUAGAGCGGGGCUAUUCAGUUAGUUUCAUUUGAGGGCCAGAUUAUCAAAUUGAAAAUUUGAAGGGGGCCAGGUGGGGGCGGUCAUCACAAUGUCUUUUUUGGGGGGAGGGCUAUAAAAUAAGAAAUUAAAUUGAAAAGCAUAUUCAGCUGUAAAAUAAACAAAUAUUAUACCAACAAUAACAUUUUUGAAAGGUUAACAUUAGUGCUAUCAGUGUCAUGAACUGGAGUGCAUUUUCUGCACAAUACAACCAGGACUUCUGGGUGCCAUGUUCACUGACCCAGUGCCUACGGUGCAGUGAGAUAUUUAAAGAUCUGCCCACCUGGGUGUGGGGAAUGGCAGGAGGGGAGUCCUGUAUGCAUUUUAUUCAUUCAAAGAAUUUGAGUGCUAUUACUCGGUUGAUUGUUUUAUCAGUGAUGGAGAUGGAUUUCAGAAUGAGUAAUUUUUUUUUUCUUGUGUCAUGUUUAUAGU